UGCCUCCCGCGCCCGGGCCGCCGACCCCCGUCGGGCCGGGCGGCCCCGGGACCCGUGCGCCCUCGCCCCUCCCCCCGGGGAUCGGCGGAGUCCCGACCUUCCGGACCGCGGACCGCGGGGCCGGGCAGCGCGGACCCUUGCGGCCGCUCCGGACGCCGCGAGGGCGGGAGCGCGGACCUGGUGGGGCCCGGCAGACGCGUCCCGGGCGGCCGGCGGGGCCAGCUCACUCCGGGCCGGCCGGCCUGAACUGCACACGGCGGAUCCGGGGCUGCGCCGAGGGGAUCCCGGCGCCCCCCGAGCCCUCCGACUUUAGCUCACGCGCUGGGACCGGCCAGGCGUCACUUUGGUCGCCCUGCGACCGGCUCACCUGCGGCCUCGCGCCCCGGGCCCGCCAGCCCCUCGCUCCUUCCCGGCGGGGUUGUGGGAGAUCUUUGCUGCCCGCUUCCUCGGAGCGCGGGGGGCCCCGCCCCCUCCCACCGCCCAGAUGUCUUUCCUGGCGGCUCGGAGGACCUUCCCGAGGCCGAGGGCUGAAGGGUCCAGAGAGAGAAGCCCGCCCUAGGGAGCCCUGGGGGCCCCCCAACCUCACCGUGGGGCUGGGCCCCCGACGCUGCUGGAAGGAAAGCCAGUGUCCCCACCCUCGGGGGCUGCCCUCCUCCAACCCAGCUCCCUUCCCAGAGUUGUCCACAUCUGGAACUCCCUUCACGUCUGGAAGACCCCAGCCAGCUUCCCUCUGCAGGCGUCAGUUGCUUCCAGAGACCUCUGCUUUUACAGCUGCCUAGGAGUUGUGAGGGGAUUGCUGCUGCCUUCCCCCCUUCCCAAGGGCGUCUCUUACCCUUAGUCCCUGCAGAGUCAUCCCCCUGCCUCUGUGCCCAGGCUCAACCAGAGAUCUGCUCAGCACACCCACAGGCACUUCAAGUCCUGGAGGCCUGAGACCUAAGGCCCCUCCCCCUGCCCUCCUGUGUCCUCACCUUGACCUCCUCUGUAAGACUCUGUCUCCCUCUGGGUGUCCCAUUCCCCACCCAGAGGCACAGGAAGUGGGGUGGCAGGAGGCAGGGGCUGGGUGAGGGCCACCCAGGGCCAGGGUGGACUGGGGGGGCCGUUAAGAUGUGGAGCUCUUCCUGGCCGAGGGGGGCUCCGCGGAGACAGACGCAGCGUGUGCCUGGCUGGAGGGAGUAUGGGCAGGCCUGUGGCCACGUGGUAAAGGAUGAACAUUCGGGGCGCCCCGGACCUCGGGCAGCCCAGCGACGACCUCAGCAGUGGCGGUGAGCGGGAGCGGAUUCGACAGCGCAUGAAGAUGGUCAUCGGGCAGCUCGAGGGCAUCUUGCGGGAGCUCAAGGAGGUGGCCAAGGAGCUAAGGGAGGUGGUGAGCCAGAUUGACAAGCUGACCUCUGACUUUGACUUUGAACUGGAGCCUGAUGACUGGACCACGGCCACUGUGAGCAGCACGUCCAGCAGUGACAAGGCGGGCGUGGGUGGCCCCUUCGAUCUGGGUCACCUGGACCUCAUGACAGCUGACAUCCUCUCGGACAGCUGGGAGUUCUGCUCCUUCCUGGACGCGUCCACGCCGUCGGACUCCGCGGAUGGCCCCGAGUCGAGCCGGCCAGGGCCUGGCCCUGACUACCGGCUCAUGAACGGCGGCAUGCCUAUCCCCAAUGGGCCACGGGUGGAGACCCCAGACUCCUCCAGCGAGGAGGCCUUCAGCGCGGGCCCUCCUAAGGGCCAGCUCCCCCAGCGGACCCCAGGCACGCGGGAGAGGGUGCGGUUUAGUGACAAAGUGCUCUACCACGCUUUGUGCUGUGACGAUGAGGAGGGGGACGGCGAGGAGGCGGCGGCGGCGGAGGUGGGCCUGUCCCCAGAGCCUCCCCGUUCAGAGACCCAUGCAGGCCCCCUCAAGCCCUCCCGAGGCCCCUCCAGGCCCAGGCGCUCUCCACUGACCAGCCGCCGCUCGGGCCCCACCUUGGGCCCUGAGCAGACCCGAAGGGUCACGAGAAACAGCAGCACCCAAACAGUGUCAGACAAGAGCACACAGACGGCGCUGCCCUACACGGCCACCAGGCAGAAGGCCCAGGGGAAAGACCAGGGGCUGGGGGCGGUGGGCCCAUAGGGCUAUGAAUAUAUAUAUAUAUAUAUACAUAUAUAUAUAUUUAAACAAACACAGUCAUAAUAAAAUUUUAAAAUGCUAAGGAU